AAAAUUUUAAAUAAAAAUAUUUAUAAAACCAGAAAAACAAACAUACUAAAAAAAAUUACUAUAUUGAAACCAUCAUGGCAUCAACCAGUGGUAUUGUGAUGAGUACAAAAGAUCACACGUCAAUACAAAUUGGUGGACGUCGAAAAUCACAUAAGAAAAUAGAGAAUCGUCGAUCUAAAAGUAAUAUUAGAAAUCGACCUAAAAUUGCACAUAUAUCUACAAUUGAAGAAGUUACAAGUCCACCAUCAACAUCAGAAUAUCAUAUUGUUGAUUUAUCAAAAGAACAAACAAAUGAAGAAAAAUCAAAUGUAGAUAGAAUAGAAGAAGUUGAAGAUACAAAAUCGGAGAAAAGAAAUAAAUGGUGUCCCUGUCCUGCUAGUAUAAGAAACUAUUUUCAGAGAUUUUGGAGUAAAAUGUCUGGCGCUGAACAUAGUGAAGAAGAAGGAGAUGGAAAUAAAUAUGAUUACUAUGACUAUUUAGCUAAAAAAGGAUAUCGAUGA